UUUAUCUGAAUCAACCAUAAACUCCACAACAUUCACAGAAACACCCGAACCAUCAUCCUCUGCCUCUACAAAUGAUACAACACCACUGAUGACAACCAUUAACCAAACAUUUACCACGACCGUUACAGCAUCCACACCAUGUAACAUUUCUCAAAGCUGUGAUGUAUUUUACUGGAUUACUACAUCUGUAGAGGUAAUGGGAACACCCCAAAGUGAACAAAAUGUCACAACACAACUAAAGGAGCUUAUCGGACUCAAACUAAAUGCAUGUGUUAAUGCAACUCAAAACUUAAGCAGUUCAGAAAAAGACCCCAGGAUUUUUGAAGUCAUGGAGCUCACAUGUGAUCAAACAAAUAUUACAAAGAUUGCACAAUGCUUUAUUCUUCUGAACUGGAGUGUUCCUGACAAUGUUUGCUGCUUUAGAAAUACACUGACAGGGAUGCACUCGAACAUCAAUGUCAGUGUGGUGGGACCAAUAGAAACAGUGGGUGUGUGUGCAGAUAACAUUACACAGAUCUCAGCUGGACAAUACGACAAAUGUAAUCAAUCAAUCACACUUGAUGAAUUUAGAGCAGCACCACCGAACAUCUCAUGUGGAAACAGUCCAAAUGUGAUUUUUCCAUUGGAUACUGGUGUUCCUGUGGUCUGUCAUACUCCAUGUAAGGAUUCCUUUAUUCUCUUUCAUAAACCUUCUGUGAUUACCGGUAAUUGUAAAAUUAUAGUUAAACUAGAUACAGCCAUGGACUUGUGUGAAAUUCACGCAGCUCUAAAGGCCAUCUUAGAACCACAUAACGACUCUUUGAGCUUUGGCGGAGUUGUGAGCAGAAUGGCAAUCUGCUCUUAUAAUUCUACGAAUCCUUUAAAAGAUCUCAAAUGGCAGCCAUCUUUGAAUACAAGUUCUGAAGUCUUCUGCAAUGAGUCAAACAGAGAAAACUUUAACGGAUACUGCUCAGAGGGCGUAAGUACAGUCAUUCCCCUAAAUGGCAGCUGUAAUUCAUCUGCAACCCUAUCCCGAGACACCACCACAACUCCUCCAUCUUUUACAAGUACCACGCUCUCAAACACAACAUCCAUCAAGCCUUCUGUGAAUGUAACAACUUCACCUGCUAAUGUAACAACCUCAGGAUCCUCGAACACAUCAGGGACAUUAGAUGCUGAUGGACUGUUGAAUUUGAGUGCAAAUGCUUCAUCUUUAAACGCCACUCAGGUGGAGCAGCUCUUAUCACAGCUUGAGAUACUUUUGUCUGGGCCCAAUGUCAGCCUGGCUCUGGCAAACACUUCCGUCAAUAUUGUCAACAACCUCCUUGAUGUUCCUGUAGAUGUAAUAACUCCUUUCUCAAAUAGGGCCAUUAGCAUUGUGGACACAGUGGGUCUUAAACUGGUUGUAUCAGAGACGAGUCAGUCAAUACUUUCACAAUCACUGGCUCUGGCAGUGAAGAAAGUUGAUGGGGCCAACUUUCAGGAGACGUCCUUCUACUUAAUGGAUGCAGGUAACCUGCAGAUUCGAAGUAACCCUGGCCUGGAGACUGAAGACAUUGCGUUUAGGGUUGGGUCCACUACUCUGGGUUCAGUCACCCUCCCAGCGUCCCUCACGCAGAACCUCACUGAAGACCAGAAGCAGCUCGCAUCCAGAGUCCAGUUCAACUUCUUCCAGAAGAGCAGCUUCUUCCAGGACAAAUCACUGGGAGGACGUAAACUAAACAGUGGGAUUUUGGGUUGCAGUGUGGCUAACCUGAGCAUCUCUGGUCUACAGAAGGACGUGCUGGUAACCAUACGAAACACAAAGCCCAUUCCGUCUGGCUAUGAAGCUUCCUGUGUAUUCUGGGACUUUACCUUUAACGGUAGCUCGGGCGGCUGGAAUUCUUCUGGGUGCCGUGUGCUUAAUUCUUCUGAUGAAGAAACGCAGUGCGCCUGCAAUCACCUUACCAGCUUCGGUAUUCUGCUAGACAUUUCCAAGACUCCCAUCCCUCCAGAGCAUCUCAUCAUCCUGACAUACAUUACAAACAUAGGCUGUGGCAUCUCGGCUGUUUUCCUGUCUAUCACCCUGCUCACUUAUCUGGCCUUUGGUAAACUGCGCAAAGACAUCCCAUCUAAGAUCCUUAUCCAGCUGUGUUUGGCCUUGCUGCUGCUCAACCUGGUGUUCCUAUUGGACAGUUGGCUAGCUCUGUACCCAGAUGCCUUGGGCCUUUGCAUCUCCACUGCUUUUUUCCUGCACUAUUUCCUCCUGGCGUCUUUUACCUGGAUGGCACUGGAGGCCGUCCACAUGUACCUGGCCAUCGUGAAGGUGUUUAACACCUACAUCUCCCGCUUUAUGUUGAAGAUCGGAUUUGUUGGAUGGGGCAUUCCUCUCAUCGUAGUCAUAAUCGUCAUAGCCAUUAACGAAAACAACUAUGGCCUUGUGACAUAUGGAAAGUAUGUAGAUGGAGCAACAGAUGAUUUUUGCUGGAUAAAAAAAGAAGUAGUCUUCUACGUUGCUGUGGUGCCGUACUUCUGUCUCGUCUUCCUGCUGAACUUCACCAUGUUUAUCGUGGUGAUGAUCCAGCUGUGUCGCAUUAAGAAGCAGAACCCUCACAAUGUGCAGAAUCGCAGCGGCUGGCAGGAGGUGCGCAGUGUUGCUGGACUCUCCGUGCUUCUGGGCCUCACCUGGGCCUUCGCUUUCUUCGCCUGGGGUCCUGUUAACCUGGCCUUCAUGUACCUGUUUGCUAUUUUUAACACUUUACAAGGAUUAUUCAUCUUCGUAUUCCAUUGCGCAAUGAAAGAGAACGUCAGACGACAAUGGAGGACAUACCUGUGUUGUGGCAGCCUGAGACUGUUAGAAAACUCAGAAUGGAGUCGCACGGCAACUCAGAAGAUAAACAAAGCCUCUAAGGAAAAGACUUCAUUCCACUCAUCGAAUUCUAACAAUUCUAGAUUAUCUUUCCUGAACCAUGACAGUUUGGCAUUUGAUGUGCCUAUGGGCAUCGACAACCCGAUGGACAACAGGAUAAUAACUGCAGCAGAAGUGCCCAUCUCAGGUUCUGACGUGGUAUUGAAUGAGAUCAAUGACCAGUACCGGGGUCAAAGGUCAUACUGAAUAAACUGACCACAGUCGGUAUGA